UGCAAAUCAGAAGCGCCGGCAGCAACAGCACCUGACAGUAAUGAAGUGCCAGCAUCUCAUCUCUUGGGCGUUUGUGCUCAUGGCUUCUGGCCCGCUGCUGGCCCACCCCAUUACAGAAUCAGCAGAGAUGCCCUAUCCAGGCCCCGUAUCAGGGGAAGACCGAGGGAUGGACGACCUCUCUCUCUCUGAGCAGCUUUACCCUCCACAGGACGGUGCGGGUCUCAGAUAUUCUUCUUUGAUAUCUGGCGAGGUUAACAGAGAUGGUUUUAGAUCGACAAGUCUGCUGCCGAGGGGGAUGAAGAGAGAGGUUUUAUUGGAGAAGCAAAGUCUUCUAAGUCCCUUCAGCCGUAUGCUGGGCCUCCGGAAACAGUUCAGGAAGAGAGCAGGGAAUUCUGAGUGUUUCUGGAAGUACUGUGUCUAAAACGGUCCAAAAACAGCCAUUACUGCUGCACACAAGAGGCAGGGCUUUGCACUAAGAGAAUAUUUAUCUGAAACUCACACAAGACUACAUGUCUACUGUUGAUUCGUUGCCAAAAACAGCAAUUCCACCGGUUUGUGCGGGACACAUUGAUUGGGAAUUUUUCUAUUGAAUGUUACGAAUAUGUUGUUU